CAAUCCGCCAAUCAAAGGAACGAAGAAGAAGAAUCAGUAGUUUUGUUGCUGUUAGUUAUCUGGUGUGUGUCGGGUUUAUAUCUGCUAGAGAGACACACCAUGGCCGGCUGCUGGUUCCGGUGAUGCUCCGGUUCUGGACGCCUGUCCGGACGGUCCUCAGAAGGUUCUGCAGCUCUUCAGACAUGCCUAACACCAAGGGAAGGUUCUUCUACGCUGUUAGGAAGGGAGUGAAACCCGGAGUCUACGGGUCAUGGGAUGAGUGUAAGAUCCAGGUGGAGAAAUUUCCAGCUGCAUCUUUUAAGAAGUUUGGAUCAGAACGAGACGCCUGGGCAUUCGUCCGAGGACAAGAGCCUCCUGCUGUUCCAGACCACAGCACAGCGGCCCCGGCUGGAGAGACAAACAUCUCUCUGCUUCCCAAACGAGGUCCAGAGCCUCUAGAGUACAUCCCGCUUGGAAAGAAGAGGCCCCGCCCAGAGGAGGGGGCGGAGCUUCAGCCUAAACGAGCCAAGCCGUCAGAGAGCUCGUUAUCAGGAAGCGUAGAUGGCUUCACCUACAUGGGUGACGCUGUGGUGGUCUACACCGACGGCUGCUGCUCAGGAAACGGCCGGGACCGGGCCCGAGCCGGCAUCGGGGUGUACUGGGGCCGGAACCACCCACUAAAUGUUGCAGAGCGGCUCCACGGGCGACCGACCAAUCAGAGAGCAGAGAUCCAGGCGGCGUGCAGAGCUCUGGAACAGGCCAAGCAGAACAACAUCCAGAAGCUGGUUCUGUACACAGACAGCAAGUUCACCAUCAACGGUGUGACCAGCUGGGUGAAGAACUGGAAGCUGAACGGGUGGAGGCUGAAGUCUGGAGGUCCGGUCAUCAACAAAGAAGACUUCAUGAAGCUGGAGCGACUGAACUCGGAGCUGGAGGUGGUCUGGAUGCACAUCCCCGGCCACUCGGGGUACAGCGGGAACGAGCAGGCGGACCGGCUGUCCAGGGAAGGAGCGGCCAAACCUCUGCAGGAGCACGAGGAAGAGGAGGAGGAGGAGGGAUGAAGCAGAUUCCUGCUCACCAUGUUCUUCAUCAGCUGCUGCUGUUUGACUCUGAAUGUUUUCAGUCUGUUUUCUGUUGACGUGAAACUGAAUAAAGUUGUUUUGUUUUCUUCUGAUCGACCAUGAAGACGAGGAAAGUUUA